GUUUCAUUUACCGAUCGUCCAUCGCGACGGAUAGAUGCACCAUGCAAUCGGAUAUACUGCGUUACUAUCAUGUUAACAAGAUUUUUAUGUCGCAAAUCGGCGUUUGGCCUUAUCAAAAUAGGGCCAUAAGGAUAUUAAUACCAACCGUGCUAACGUUCAUCGACAUCAGCUAUGUUGCAGCAGAGAUGAUACGAAUGUUUGACACUUGGGGUGAUGUCGAUAUUGCAGUUGAAUGUAUAAUUUCGACUAUAAUUGUAUUUGCCUGUUUCACAAAGCUAUUCAAUCUCAGUUUUAGAAUUAAUGAGAUGCGGUACCUAUUUUCUCUAAUCGAAUAUCAUUGGCAAGUGUUUAACAAUUCUACGGACGUCGAGAUCUUACAGAAUUACGUUGUAUUCGGUAGAAAAGUGGUAAUAUUUUACUCAAUUUACGUUUAUGUGUCGAUGAUAUUGUAUCUGCUAAUGCCAAUGUCGCCGCAGAUUCUGGACAUUAUGAUGCCUCUCAAUGAGAGUCGUCCGCGAAAGUUUCUGUUCGAAGUCGAGUAUCGCAUAGAUCGAGAGAAGUAUUAUUAUCUCAUCUUGUUCCAUUCGUAUGUGGCGGUUAUAGGGGUCAUGUCGAUUGUGGUGUGCGCAGACACUACUUACAUAGCGUACGUGCAACAUGGCUGCAGUUUAUUUGCAGCCAUCGGAUAUCGAUUAGAACACAUAGUUUCGAGAGAAUAUGAACUCAGUCAGAUGAACUAUUUUACGGAUAAUGAAGAAAGAAAAUGUCGAGACAUGGAAGUCGACGAUAUUUAUGUUAACCAGCAGACAGUUUAUCGCGAAUUAGUCAUAUGUUUGCGAAAACAUCAACUGGCAAUACAAUAUGCCCGCUUAUUGGAAUCUUCGUUCAUGUUAUCGACAGGUAUCCAAUUGUCAUGCAAUAUGCUCGCCUUAAGUCUUAUAGGAAUUCAAGUAAUAAGUAAUCUUGAUAGUACCGAGGAUUUAAUUAGAUACCUCUCCUUGUGCGCAGGAGCAUUUUUCCAUCUUUUGUGGAUGUCUUUGCCGGGGCAAAGAUUGAUGGAUCACAGCAUGAAAAUAUUUGAUAAAGCUUGUAGAUCACAUUGGUAUACAUUUUCUGCAGAAAGCAAAAGACUGUUCCGAAUAUUGCUCUACAGAAGUAACGUGGCGUGCACGUUAACUGCCGGUAGUACAGACUGCUAUGUCUUACUUCAUGACAUUCUCCUCUCUAAAAUAACACUACGCUAGCCAUACAUUUAGUCUAACAAAAUAUCUUUUGUAGCAUGAU